UGUUUCAGAGCCAGUGGGCCCUGGGUGUGGGGUGACGGUGGGAACGCAGUUUGGAAAGUGUCCUCUAUUGUAUUAGUUUGGGAUUCUGAGGCCUUUUGGUCGAUUGCUUUACCAGCUACAAUCUCGUUUCAUGACUGCGGGCCCUAGUAACUUUCUACCGUUUGGAACAAAGUGGAUAUUAUCCGCUUAUUGGAUCACUUCUCAUUCUUGACAUUUGUCCUUUGAACCGAUUCAGCGAAAAUCCUUUUGGAUUGUUUUGUUUGGACUGUGGAAAUAUAGACUUGGCAGUUAUCCCGCUCUCUUUGCUGAGGCUAAAUAGAGGCAUGGGGGCUAUGAAGUAGGCCCGCAUGUGUUGGUGCUAGCCGCUCUACUGCUCCUGGGGCUGCUAUUGACAUUUUCGCUGCUGGGCUGGCUUGUGGAAUGCAGAUUGGCCAAGUGUUAGAUAAAGGUUCCAGUGUGCCCAGUUGAAAAGGAAGCCAGAGGCCUUCAGAUUGAGUUCCAGGAAGGCUCCAGAGACCGCUGCCCCAGGCUGGCCCAACUCACGUUGAUGCUGGUGGGCUGUGCCCCCUGCCCUCCUCCCCUCCUCCUCCUGCGCUCCCCUCCAUCCAUCCUGCCAUGGCCAUGAGCAGUGACCCCGGCUGCAGGUGGGGCGGCGACUCCGACUCCGACCAGCAGCCCGGCGACCUGGCGGAGAUGAUGGCGGCCGUCGCUGUGACGACCGGCAAGGCGGUCGGCGAGGCAGCCAACGGCGUGAAGAACGGCGCCAAGGCCAAGAAGGUCCACCCCCCCCGGCCACACCUCUCGGGCAGGAAGAUGUCCCUGCAGGAGAGGGGGACGUACCCGUCCUCAGGGGGGGGCGGAGGCAACGCCCAAGUCUCCCCCCGCGUAGCCCGGAGGCCCACCGUGGAGUCCAAGCGGGUGUCCAUCUCAGACUCUCAGGACUGUAUCCAGUUGAACCAGUAUAGACUGCAGAGUGAGAUUGGAAAGGGCUCCUACGGGGUGGUCAAGCUGGCCUACAACGAGGAGGACGACAAGUACUACGCCAUGAAAGUGGUCUCCAAGAAGAAGCUGAUGAAGCAGUAUGGAUUCCCACGUCGCCCCCCUCCCAGAGGGCCCAAGGCUGCCCAGGGCCAGCAGCCCAAAGUCCUGGGCCCCCUGGACAGGGUCUACCAAGAGAUCGCCAUCCUGAAAAAGCUGGACCAUGUCAACAUUGUCAAACUGGUGGAGGUGUUGGACGACCCUGCUGAGGACAACCUGCACAUGGUGUUUGAGUUGAUGCGGAAGGGUCCAGUGAUGGAGGUGCCAUGUGACAGCCCCUUCUCUGAGGAGCAGACGAGGCUGUAUUUCAGGGACAUCGUCCUGGGCAUCGAGUACUUGCACUACCAGAAGAUAGUCCAUCGGGACAUCAAGCCCUCCAACCUGCUGCUAGGGGAUGACGGCCACGUGAAGAUCGCCGACUUUGGAGUCAGCAACCAGUUUGAGGGCAACGAUGCCCUUCUGUCGAGCACAGCGGGCACCCCAGCCUUCAUGGCCCCAGAGACCUUGUCUGACAACCUCAAGAGCUUCAGUGGCAAGGCCCUGGAUGUGUGGGCCAUGGGCGUGACUCUCUACUGCUUCUUAUUCGGGAAGUGCCCAUUCAUUGAUGAGUACAUCCUGGCUUUACACAAUAAGAUCAGGACCAAGUGUGUGGAGUUUCCAGAAUCGAAAGACCUCAAUAAGGAGCUACAAGCGCUCAUCCUGAGAAUGCUGGAUAAGAACCCAGACAACAGGAUCACCAUACCUGAGAUCAAGCUGGACCCGUGGGUGACCCUGUGGGCCAUGGAGCCCAUGCCUCUGGAGGAGGAGCACUGCACAGUGGUGGAGGUGACGGAGGAGGAGGUGCAGAACUCCGUCAAGUUUGUCCCCAGCCUCUCUGCUGUGAUCCUGGUGAAGGCCAUGCUGAGAAAGCGCUCCUUCAGCAACCCCUUUGAGUGUCCCAGCAGGAGGGAGGAGAGGUCCAUGUCGGCACCCGGAAACCUGCUCAUGGACUCAUGGCCGUUCCGCCCCUCUUUUAAACUCCACCCCUCUUUAAGGAAAGGCAGCAGUGGGGAGGGUUCGAGGGAGGGAGAGCUGGAGGACUUGCACGAAGACGAGCCCUCGUCCUGAGAGUGUCCACGGCUCCCGUCGCCCCAGCUCAGCUCCGCGUUCCUCUCAGACGUCUCCUCCCCUUUAAAUCCCUGCACAGGCCACUCCCUUCAGCCCACAUGCUCCUCCCCUUUAAAUCCCUGCACAGGCUACUCCCUUCAGCCCACAUGCUCCUCCCCUUUAAAUCCCUGCACAGGCCACUCCCUUCAGCCCACAUGCUCCUCCCCUUUAAAUCCCUG